GCAGCAGGUUUGAGAUCGCUCUCACCCUAUCUGAAAACCGCAUGGGAUAUACUCGUCCUGCCUUUUCCGGUGAUGGCAUGGUGGAUACCAGGAUGGUGUGUGACCUUUAGUAGAAGACAAGACUCUGCAGAAAUCCCGCGUCACGCGUGCGAAGUCUUCACUGUUAAUCGACAAGCUCACUUCGACUUUUACCGCGCCCAAAGCAACAACUAUCGACUCUGAACUCCACACACCAUGGUUUCGUCACACGUUUCCUCGCUCUCAACUGCUGUCGUUCUCUCCAGUGCUACUCUGCUCGCCAAUGCCCACCAGGUUGUGUUGUUGUCAGCGCCUACGUACACUACGGACGACAAGGACACCAAGUACGCCCCUCUCGCAUUCUUGGAAGAUCAGGGUUUCGCGACACAAGAGGACUUCACAGCCUGGCGCAAGGACAAUGGUUAUGAUUCUCUGCGUGCCUUCAACGAUGGUGCCUCGUACACUGUGAGUGACGGUGCUGAUCUCACCUGUGGCUUCACCAACAUCAAUGGAGACGUUCAGCCCAUUCCGGAUGGCAACGCUAUGCGUUCGACUGGGUACACGCACGACGGCCCGUGUGAGGUGUGGCUGGACGACACCAUGGUCAUGCAGUACGACAACUGCCAUGAAGCCAUCAGUGGCAAAUACUACACGAUCGACUAUAGCUCGUGCACGUCCACCUGCACACUCUAUUGGUUCUGGCUGGGUGUCCGCUACCUGAAGAACGAAUACUCGUGGCAGAUUUACAAGGCCUGUGUCCCCCUUUCCACUUCUGCUCGCCGUCUUGAGGGUGCGGCCAACGAAUCUGCGAUCAUCGACUUCUAAGCUGUCAGGAAAGAUGCUCGACAGGGAAAUGAAGAAAAAAAAAAAAAAAAAAAA